CGCGGCGGCGGUGGGCGAAGGGGCAGUGGCCGUCUUGAGCGCCGCACGGCAGGGCGCGCUGCAGGGAGCGGGCUUGUCGUCUGCCGUCAACACCGGAGCCGCGGCCCCCGCAAUUACUGGCACCGCCAACGCCGUAGCAACUCCGAAUAUCGGCAACGCAGCAACGCCGACCGGCAACGCAGCUUCGUCGCAGACGAUGCAGGACUCGAUCAGAGCACGGAUUCCAGAAGUAGUAGAAGCCGUCCAGCCGGUCGCCGAUAUGGAGAGAAAAAAGUUUAUCAUAGUCACUAAUUUGCAGGGUUUGCAUUACAAAUUUUCUUAGCAUCACAAAUUUUCCUUGUAUUGCAGAAACACUAGGGAAAUCCCUAAUAAAGUUUGGCUGUGAUGCAUUUUUACGCAUGACAAUUGCAAAAAUGCGCAUCAGUGAUCGUGACGAACUUUUUUUGUUUGAUAGCCGAGGCGAGCGGCGCACUACUACGAGCCAGCGCAAUAGCCGCGGGAACUAGCGUUGCCAGAGGGCUUUUCUCGACCGCGGAUCCUGCAGCCACAGUACCGGCAUCACCGCAAGUAGCACCUCCGGAAACAGGGGGUACCGUGGCGACACAAGCGGGCGCGGGACUCGCGGGUGCACCGCCAGGACCAGUAGCGUCUGUGCAAAAUGGCGCAACACCUGCCCCCGCGACCCCUGCGCAGACGACGCAGGAGUGGAUCAGAGCACAAAGUCCAGUUGUGGUAGGAGCGAUCGAGCCAGUUGCGCGGGAGGGCGGUGCAUUAAUACGAGCCAGCGCAAUAGCCGCGGGAACUAGCGUUGCCAGAGGGCUUUUCUCGACCGCGGAUCCUGCAGCCACAGUACCGGCACCACCGCAAGUAGCACCUCCGGAAACAGGGGGUACCGUGGCGACACAAGCGGGCGCGGGACUCGCGGGUGCACCGCCAGGACCAGUAGCGUCUGUGCAAAAUGGCGCAACACCUGCCCCCGCGACCCCUGCGCAGACGACGCAGGAGUGGAUCAGAGCACAAAGUCCAGUUGUGGUAGGAGCGAUCGAGCCAGUUGCGCGGGAGGGCGGUGCAUUAAUACGAGCCAGCGCAAUAGCCGCGGGAACUAGCGUUGCCAGAGGGCUUUUCUCGACCGCGGAUCCUGCAGCCACAGUACCGGCACCACCGCAAGUAGCACCUCCGGAAACAGGGGGUACCGUGGCGACACAAGCGGGCGCGGGACUCGCGGGUGCACCGCCAGGACCAGUAGCGUCUGUGCAAAAUGGCGCAACACCUCCCCCCGCGACCUCUCCGCAAACGACGCAGGAGUGGAUCAGAGCACAAAGUCCAGUUGUGGUAGGAGCGAUCGAGCCAGUUGCGCGGGAGGGCGGUGCAUUAAUACGAGCCACCGCGAUAGCUGCGGGCCGGAGCGCUAUCGAGGGUCUUUUUCCGACCGGGAACAGUGGAGCUGCAGCACCUGCAACACGGACGGAGGACCCGGAAGGGAUCGCAGCUACGGCCACGGUCGCGGCGCAUGCCCCAGUCGCUGGGGGUGCAAUCGCGCCGCCGGAUCCCGCUGCGGUGCCUGUCGCCGCAAGCCCAGAACAGCGGACGACGGCAGAAUCUAUUGCGGCACAAAUACCAUACGCCACACAAGCGGUCGCGCCGGUCGCGACAGCGGCUGGACAACUUCUUCGCUCAACUGCGAUAA